ACAGAGCCGAGACACUCCUUGAGGAUGAAAGUACACAGAACUUUGAGCUAAUAUAUGCUAUUUUCGCUCGAAUAAUAGAGUCUGAUCUUUUUCCACUAUUGUUUGAUUCAUUAAACUUAUCAUCAUCAGAACAAUCGUUAACAAGACGUCAAAUCACUCUCCUCAAAUUCCUUGAUUCCAAACUUUUUUCUUCAGAUUCUAUAGACAUUUCUCUUCCUUCAUGCAUUUAUCUUUUACAAAUUUUCGAUACAAUAUGUCCACAAGUGAUUUUUUCAAUGCAACAA